AUAAGCACAUGAGUUGUAAGACGUUGAACUUGAGAGACCAGAUCAGGCAAUGCUGCUUAAUACCAUCACAUGAUCCUCCCCGAGGCCCUGUAUUUAAUUAAAAUAGAGAGGGAGGCACCACAGAUGCCAGAAGAACAUUGUUGCUCUUGGUGGAUGGGCCCAGAGGAAUUCAGAGUUAAACCUUGAGUGCCUGCGUCCGUGAGAAUUCAGCAUGGAAUGCCUCUACUAUUUCCUGGGAUUUCUGCUCCUGGCUGCAAGAUUGCCGCUUGAUGCCGCCAAACGAUUUCAUGACGUGCUGAGCAAUGAAAGACCUUCUGCUUACAUGAGGGAGCACAACCAGUUAAAUGGCUGGUCUUCUGAUGAAAAUGACUGGAAUGAAAAACUCUACCCAGUGUGGAAGAGGGGAGACAUGAGGUGGAAAAACUCCUGGAAGGGAGGCCGUGUGCAGGCGGUCCUAACCAGUGACUCACCAGCCCUCGUGGGCUCAAAUAUAACAUUUGUGGUGAACCUGGUAUUCCCUAGAUGCCAAAAGGAAGAUGCCAAUGGCAACAUAGUCUACGAGAAGAACUGCAGAAAUGAGGCUGAUUUAUCUGCUGAUCCAUAUGUUUACAACUGGACAGCGUGGUCAGAGGACAGUGACGGGGAAAAUGGCACAGGCCAAAGCCAUCAUAACGUCUUCCCUGAUGGGAAACCUUUUCCUCACCACCCCGGAUGGAGAAGAUGGAAUUUCGUCUACGUCUUCCACACACUUGGUCAAUAUUUCCAGAAAUUGGGACGAUGUUCAGUGAGAGUUUCUGUGAACACAGCCAAUGUGACACUUGGGCCUCAACUCAUAGAAGUGACUGUCUACAGAAGACAUGGACGGGCAUAUGUUCCCAUCGCACAAGUGAAAGAUGUGUACGUGGUAACAGAUCAGAUUCCUGUAUUUGUGACUAUGUCCCAGAAGAAUGAUCGAAAUUCAUCCGAUGAAACCUUCCUCAAAGAUCUCCCCAUUAUGUUUGAUGUCCUGAUUCAUGAUCCUAGCCACUUCCUCAAUUAUUCUACGAUUAACUACAAGUGGAGCUUCGGGGAUAAUACUGGCCUGUUUGUUUCCACCAAUCAUACUGUGAAUCACACGUAUGUGCUCAAUGGAACCUUCAGCCUUAACCUCACUGUGAAAGCGGCAGCACCAGGACCUUGUCCGCCACCGCCACCACCACCCAGACCUCCAAAACCCACCCCUUCUUUAGCAACUACUCUAAAAUCUUAUGAUUCAAACACCCCAGGACCUGCUGGUGACAACCCUCUGGAGCUGAGUAAGAUUCCUGAUGAAAACUGCCAGAUUAACAGAUAUGGCCACUUUCAAGCCACCAUCACAAUUGUAGAGGGAAUCUUGGAGGUUAACAUCAUCCAGAUGACAGAUGUCCUGAUGCCGGUGCCAUGGCCUGACAGCUCCCUAAUAGACUUUGUUGUGACCUGCCAAGGGAGCAUUCCCACAGAGGUCUGUACCAUCAUUUCCGACCCCACCUGCGAGAUCACCCAGGACACAGUCUGCAGCCCUGUGGAUGUGGAUGAGAUGUGUCUGCUGACUGUAAGACGAACCUUCAAUGGGUCUGGGACAUACUGUGUGAACCUCACCCUGGGGGAUGACACAAGCCUGGCUCUCACGAGCACCCUAAUUUCUGUUCCUGACAGAGACCCAGCCUCCCCUUUAAGGAUGGCAAAUAGUGCCCUGAUCUCCGUUGGCUGCUUGGCCAUAUUUGUCACUGUGAUCUCCCUCUUGAUGUACAAAAAACACAAGGAAUACAAACCAAUAGAAAAUAGCCCUGGGAAUGUGGUCAGAAGCAAAGGCCUGAGUGUCUUUCUCAACCGUGCAAAAGCCGUGUUCUUCCCGGGGAAACAGGAAAAGGAUCCGCUACUCAAAAACCAAGAAUUUAAAGGAGUUUCUUAAAUUUCGACCUUGUUUCUGAAGCUCACUUUUCAGUGCCAUUGAUGUGAGAUGUGCUGGAGUGGCUAUUAACCUUUUUUUCCUAAAGAUUAUUGUAAAAUAGA